AUGGUGGAUUGUAAGCCUUGCGAAACUCCUUGCUUACCUUACAAUAGGUUACUUAAAGAUGAUGGUACUCCUUAUAACAAUCCAACAAUGUAUAAAAGUAUAGUUGGGGCAUUGCAGUAUCUUACCUUCACUCGACCUGAUAUUGCCUUCUCGGUUCAUCAGGUUUGUCAGUUUAUGCAGUCUCCAAUGGUGUCCCAUUUCACAGCAAUUAAAAGAAUUUUGAGGUAUCUGAAGGGUACAUUGUCUAUUGGUAUUUCUUAUACUCGGGGAGAUUUGACAUUAAAGGCCUUUAGUGAUGCAGAUUGGGCAAGAGAUCCUAAUGAUAGGCGUUCAACUACUGGGAUGGUUGUCUUUUUGGGUAACAAUCCAAUUUCGUGGUCUUCCAAGAAACAAAACACCAUUUCUCGUUCUUCCACCGAGGCAGAAUGUUGA